AUGUUACGACAACAGGUGGCAGUGUUCCGUGGGCAGGAUGGCAAGGCCUACGUGGUGGAUGCUUACUGCCCCCACUUAGGCGCCAACCUGGCUGUGGGUGGGCGAGUCGUAGGGGGAUGCAUUGAAUGCCCCUUCCAUGGGUGGCAGUUCCGUGGGACUGAUGGGAAAUGUGUCAGGAUUCCAUAUGCAGAUAAAGUGCCUGAGUUUGCGAAGGUGCGGUGUUGGCCCAGCUGUGAGAUCAACGGGCAGGUUCUGGUGUGGUUUCACUGUGACGGACUGGAGCCCAGCUGGAGAGUGCCAGAACAGAGCGAGAUUACCCGCGGGGAAUGGGUGUACCGCGGCCGUACCGAACAUUUCAUUAAUGCACACAUUGAGGAGAUUCCAGAGAACGCAGCAGACAUUGCACACUUGGCUCAUUUGCACACUCCAGGUAUCGUCAGUGGAGUUGAUCUACGCUAUACGAACAGCAAGACCUGGGAGUUUAUACGGCAUGACUGGAAGGUGGAGUGGAAGCCUGAGCCUGAGCCAGACAAGCACUGCUCGCAGAUGUUGGUGAAACACGCUCUCACCGUGUUCGGACGCCACUGGCCUCUUCUUGAUUUGGACGUCGUGGCCAGACAGGUGGGUCCAGGUGUGGUUUUCCUGCUUUUUGAACACAGUUUUCUGGGUCGGGGUGUGAUCAUGCACUGUGUUACCCCAGUCGAGCCAUUACUGCAGUGUGUAUCACACACCAUCUUCUACCAGAGCACCAUCCCUCCCCUGGUACCCAAAUUCAUUCUUCGGGCAGAGUGCAUUCAGUUUGAACGAGAUGUGAUGAUCUGGAACAACAAGACGUACAUCUCCAAACCCAUGCUUGUGAAAGAAGACUCAGCCAUUCAGAAACACAGACGCUGGUUCAGUCAGUUCUACAGUGAGAACAGCCCGCGACUGCGCUACCAGCACGACACUCUGGACUUCUGAACAUCAACUAUGCUUCAGCCCAUAUGGGUUGCUUAAAGGCCAAUACCAAUAUUUUUUUAACCGAAGCUGAUAUUUUGUUGGUAUUA